GUCCCCCAUAAACGAGACGAGUAAGUUACUCCUGGAAUCAUUCUCCAAAUACCUCAUUCCUAUUCCUAUUCCUAUUCCUCAUUCCUCAUUCCUCAAUCCUCAUUCCUCAUUCCUCAUUCCCCAUUUCCUCUCCUCUUACUUUAUAGGCCAUUAUGACUUUGCCCUGAUUUGGAUCCCUUGGCCCCUUGAGAGUGACCAUGACCAUCGGGUCUCUGGUACUUCCCCUUCUACGACGGCAUGGAUCAUCAUCCUCAGAAUUAAAACCCACGCAUGCAACAACGGCCACCACGACCACGACCACGACCACUUCCACUUCCACUUCCAAUCCCACUUCCACUCCCACUUCCACCUCAACCACCGACCGCCGCGUCUCCCCCAACCUCGACUCAACAACUCCAACCCACGAGCGCCCUCCCAAUCCACCGCCCCUCCCACGACAGACCCGCCGCCCAUCCCCCGGAUUGGCCGCGCGACUCAAGGCCCUUGGCUUCAACACCGACUCCAAGCAGCGCUCGCCGUCCUCCACCGACCCAUCAGGCUCCAACGACUACAUCGGCCGCAUCCCCCAAGACCACAUCCGCUCCAUCGACUCCCUGCACCGCGCGAACUCGACCAGCUCCCUCGUCCCCCGCCGCGGACGCACGUGGAGCUCCAACAGCACUAGCAGUAGCAGGAACUCUCCACAGAUCACCGGCUCCGCAGAGACAGGCUUCCCUGUCUUAGAUCCUGCGGCCGACCGCCGCGCAGGCGACGCUACACAAGACCUUACACCACCCGCGACAGCUGCCACCGUAGCAACGCCAACACCGCCUGCUGCGCUGUCCGUAAGCAAGGCGGCCGUUCCGGCGGACCAAGUAGCGAGGAGAGAUCCUUCCCCCGUCCCCAAGGUCGAGAUCAGCGACAUGAGUACCUACGACGGCGCGCUCGGUGACAACGAGGACGCCCAGAAGUACCGCCUCCCCGAGCAUAUCAACGGCAAUGGCACCAAGGCCACGUUGGCCACGAAAGCAGCGCACCUAGAACGUACGGACGAUCCGCCGCCGCCUAUGCCGCUACCAAAGGACCUGCCUGAUUUGCCGACGGGCGAGGACGACUUCUCGGCGGAUGUGCAGUCGUACUUUAACCCGUUUGGGUUGCAGCGUGCGGGUUCGAUAUAUACGCUCUCUCGCGUGUCGUUUGCGAACCAAUUGGCCCAGCUGACGUCGCUGCAGCUGCCGGAUGCUGGGUCCCUGGCUAGCAAGGUGUCAGCGAUACCAACGUCGCAUGCGGCAGCGAGGGCGCUGAUGGGUUCGGCAGAGCAGAUAAAGGGUUGGGUAUCCAAGGCGUCGGAGGUGCUGGACGGACUGGACGCAGAUGAUGAUGUUGAGUGGGCCGCUGCGGGUGGCCGUGAGGGAUUGGAGGAUGUGGAUAAUGCGAUUGUGCGAUUCGAGCAGCUCAUCAGCGUGUAUGUGACCGCGAUCGAGGAGUUACAUAAUAGGACGGACAUCUCGUCCGUGCCGGCGAGCGAGCUUACGAUGGUGGUUACGCAGGUGGAGACGAUAUUGAGUGAGUGGGAGAAGAUACGGAGGACGCUGACGGAGGUCAAGGGACAGGUUGGCGUGGCUAUAGAGUGGGAGGAGCUGUGGAAUGUUGUGCUGGGAGAUAUUGGAUAUGAGAUGGAUAUAUUAAGUACGCUGGUGUUUGAGAUGGAGGAGAAGCGGCACAAGUCACUCCUGGCCGAAGCCAGCGAAGAGGGCGUCGAUCUGAAAGAUCUCGAAACAAUCGUGGAAGAGACACCACCUACCAAGGUCAUACACUCGAAGAACCGCUUCAGCGUCGCUCCUGCGCCCUUCCCUUUAACCCCGAACUCACCAAGCGCACCCACUACGGCACACGACGAUUCGAGUCUCCUCGCCCUAUUCGCACGGAUGCAACCCUUGAGGGCAUCCCUCGACUUCCUCCCAAUGCGCCUCUCUACCUUCCAUGCACGCGCUGAGGAUACCUUCCCAACCGCCUGCGACGAGCUGGAAGGGCGCCGUGACGGGCUCGAAAGCAGCUGGGCCGCCCUUGAGAAGGAUGCCGCAUCCCUACGCCGCGAGCUGGGUGAGGACCGCUGGGUGCUCGUCUUCCGCGGGGCAGGACGUCAGGCGAACAAGAUGUACGAGUCCGUCGGCCGCAGUCUCUUCAAACUCCAAGAAGCGCUCGACAACGGCUCCCAAGCGCAAAACGCCUCAACCCUCGGCCAAAAGAUCGAGAAUUACGAAACCAAAAAGACACACUACGGUCCAGCCAUCGAGCGCGUCCUCGGCAUCAUCGAAAAGGGCGUCCAAGACCGCCUAACCGUAAACGGCGAGAUCGUCCGCCUCCACUCCGAGAUGCAGGGGAAAUGGGAAGACCUCAAAUCCCAAAUGGCCAAGCUGGACAAGGCCGUCGAAGCAGCGCAAGUAGGGCGCCGCGAGCAACAACUCCGCGACUCCGUCUCGAGCCUAAUGUCCAACGACCGCUCUUCCACCGUUGGAUCCGCGGCUGAUACACCAGGUAGCUCCCCAGCGUCUUCGGUUAUAAUGUCCAACCUCGCCCACGGCACCGACCCAACCACCCCCGGCAAAGCAGGCAAACCCCGCGCCCCCACCACCGGACUCCCCCAACCGGGAUCCCGCCACACACCCUUGAGCGGGAACUACCCCCGCCGCAACCUCUCCGCGCCCCGCUCCUCGGGGUACGGAAAAUCUACAUACACGCCCACCCCUGCCUCGCGCGAGUCCUCCGCCACACCAACCGGGAACCGAAUCCUGCGCCUCUCCUUGUCGUCAGCGAGUAUGGCGGGGCGACCGAGGUGGAAUUCCAGCGUCAAGACCGAGGAUGGGAGUACGGGACAUAACUUUAAACCCUUGAGCGUGGGGACACCGAGUCCCUACGCUCGCGGUGCGACGCCGACGGGGGGCCGGAACGCGUCGUUUGCUGAGCGCGCGCAUGAGCGGAGUGGGAGCGCUUCGAAGAUCCCGUUGAGGAGGUCGUUGGGGGGGGAGGGGGAGAGUCUCGGGUCGCCUGAGGCGUCGCCGAGGAUACCGCAGGUGACGACGCCGUUACCGACGCGAACGAAGAAUCUAGCGUCGUUUAAAGACCGCAUGGCGAGCCCCAGCCCGGGGCCGUAUGCACAACAACCCAUGUCCUCCCCCGGCGGCCUCAAAGCGGGAAGGCGAUUAAGCGUCCAACCCAGCCCUGGAGCCGGGGGACGCUCGGUAUCGAGACGUGCGUCGAUGCAACCUAUCUCUGGUGAGGGGGGCCCAGAGAGAAGCCCCUCUACGAGUCCGUUGGCUGUGGCAAAACGGCCGGGGAGUUCGUUAGCUGGUGGUGCUGGUGCUGGGAAUGGAGGGAGCAGAACGAGUUUGCUGCCGCAGCCGAGGGGGAGGGAGGCAACGGGGAGGGAUAGUAGAGCGGCGAGUGGGAGGGAGAGUCCCGCGGUUGUGGGGACGAGGUGGGCGAUGAGGAGGGAGGGGAGUGCGAGCGGGGGGGAUAAUAAGCCGAAGUGGAGGGAGUAGAAGGGGGGGUGUUCCCUGGACAAAAGAUCGACGCUCGACGCCGGAGGUAGUGGACUAAACCUGGUGUGGCCGUGGUCUUUGUUUGUGUUUAAUUGCUUGUUUUGCUGCUGUCGUUGUCUGUUGUCGUUGUCGUUUGAUACCACUUUGAUCAUCUGGAUUUUUGCUACAUUUUUAGCGAUCGCUGUUUUUCGUGGCUUAGGCUUGCGGGCUGGCUUGUUGGAUGGUGGCUGGGGCUGGCUGGGGCUGGCUGGGGCUGGA